ACAACAUUACUAUGUUUUUAGAGCAAACGGUUGCGGGGAAAGGUUCUUGCAACGUAUGUCAAGCAAUGGUUAGCAAUUCAUCAUAUUUAUAUUAUACACCAUAAUUGCUGACAUAACAUUGUGUCUAUUCAUUUUAUUUGUACAGCGUGUGGAUAAUGCAUCACACACCAAGCUACAUAGAGGUGACCGCAGACCAGCUGAAGAGUUCCUUCUGCGGUAAGGUUGAUGUAGAUCACGACAUUUUUAGCCUUAUGAUUCGGAGACUGAAACAGAUAGAUGAUGGAGCUGCCCAAGGCGGAGAUAUGACCAGAAUAAAACAUUACAUGGAGGCUGAUCUCAUGAUGCGUGUGAUGGCAGGAGAUAUGCGAUGUCAGCAUAAAUCCAUUCGGGAUCAGUUCAUUGGAGAUCACAUCACCUACGACGUACCAAAUUGUAUGCUGAUUAUGUUUCCGGCCUACGUCAGCUUCGCUUGGGUAUGUUACACAAUACAUACAAUUAAAAAGAAGGUGUUCAUCUAUGACCCGUUAGCAUCGGAGAAUGGUGGAGCAAUCAAACAACUACAUAUGAGAAACUGCAACCUGUUGAAGUCUGCUAUGAUUGAGUUUGCAAAAACAUAUUUUGAAUUUUGGGACUUCGGGUUCGGUGACUUAGAACCGGCUAUUAUUCAUCCUAAACGUCAAGUGUCUGAAAGGCACCUAUCUGGGUUUUACACAAUGAACUUCUGCAGGAACUUCAUCGGUGACCAAGAGGCAGAUAAUAUUCAUGUGGACGAUGACAGUUGUAUGGCGGCAUAUUACCUUUACGACAUUCUACAUCUCAAGGGGAACAAUGCAAAGAGGCCACAUCAGUUCAUCGAGUCUAUCGAUGAAUGAUACAAAAUUGAGUCUCGAAUGAAUUUAAGGGGAGAAUGUUGUUAGGGCACGUGUUGCAUGGGACUGUAUCUGUUUGGGUCUGUUAAUGCACUAGAAUGUCUUUGCGGACCUAUAUAUUAUGCUGUCAAACCACCGAAUG